GUCGCGCGGUCGAGAGGGAGGGAGGGUCGCUGCCGCUUCUUCUUCGGGGGAGGCUUGUUUCCGGAAGUGGGGCCUGGUCUGGGCCUCAGCGACGGAGCGGAGCCGGGAAGAGGAGGCCCCGAGGAGCCCCGGACGCAGCCAUGGAGGUCACCAGGAGCAACUUUAAGGAUCACCUCAGCAAAGUCUACGAAGCCAUUGAGGAGGCAGACUUCCUGGCCAUCGAUGGAGAGUUCUCAGGCAUUAGCGAUGGACCGUCUGUCAGUGCGUUAACCAAUGGCUUCGACACGCCUGAAGAAAGGUACCAGAAGCUCAAAAAGCAUUCCAUGGACUUCCUGCUCUUCCAGUUUGGCCUUUGCACUUUUAAAUACGAUCUUGCAGAAUCAAAGUACGUCAUGAAAUCCUUUAACUUCUACAUCUUCCCCAAGCCUUUCAAUAGAACGUCGCCAGAUGUCAAGUUUGUCUGUCAGAGUUCAAGUAUAGACUUUUUAGCAAACCAGGGAUUUGAUUUUAAUAAAGUUUUUCGCAACGGAAUCCCUUAUUUAAACCAAGAAGAGGAGCGGCAGCUGCGGGAGCAGUACAAUGAGAAGCGUUCUCAGGCCAACCGCGUCAGCAGCCUGUCCUACGUCUCUCCCAACGCCAGCUCCUGCCCCGUGACGGUACCGGAGGACCAGAAGAAGUUCAUUGACAAAGUGGUAGAAAGGGUAGAUGCUCUCUUGCAGAAUGAAGAAAGCACAAAUUUGGAACUAGAGCCAUGCACAGGAUUUCAGAGGAAACUAAUCUAUCAGACGUUAAGUUGGAAGUAUCCCAAAGGCAUCCAUGUGGAAACGCUGGAAACGGAGAAGAAGGAGCGAUACAUUAUUGUUAGCAAAGUGGACGAAGAGGAACGCAAAAGGCGGGAGCAGCAGAAGCAAGCGAAAGAGCAGGAGGAGCUGAAGGACGCAGUGGGGUUCUCCCGAGUUAUUCAUGCUCUUGCCAAUUCCGGCAAACUUGUGGUUGGCCACAACAUGCUCCUGGACGUCAUGCACACCAUCCACCAGUUCUACUGCCCACUGCCUGAGGAUCUCAGUGAAUUCAAAGAACUAACAACAUGCGUUUUUCCAAGGUUACUGGACACUAAACUGAUGGCAACCACUCAGCCCUUCAAGGACAUUAUCAACAACACUUCGCUGGCAGAAUUGGAAAAACGUGUGAAGGAGUCGCCCUUCAACCCCCCAAAAGUUGAAAGUGCCGAAGGGUUCCCAAGCUACAAUACGGCUUCAGAGCAGCUCCAUGAGGCCGGUUACGACGCCUAUAUAACCGGCCUGUGCUUCAUCUCCAUGGCAAACUAUCUAGGUUCAUUCCUCAGCCCUCCAAAAAGCCAUGUGUCUGCAAGAUCAAAACUCAUUGAACCUUUUUUCAACAAAUUAUUUCUGAUGAGGGUGAUGGACAUUCCCUAUCUCAACUUGGAAGGGCCGGACUUGCAGCCCAAACGCGACCACGUCCUUUACAUCACGUUCCCCAAAGAAUGGAAGACAAGUGACCUUUACCAGCUUUUCAGUGCUUUUGGCAACAUCCACGUCUCCUGGAUUGACGAUACCUCCGCCUUUGUGUCCCUCAGCCAGCCUGAACAAGUGCAGAUCGCAGUCAAUACUAGCAGAUACGCAGAAAGCUACCGGAUCCAGACGUACGCAGAAUACGUGGAGAAGAAGCACGAGGAGAAGCAGCAGACAAAGAGGAAAUGGGCGGAAGACGGCUGGAAGGAGGGAGAGGGGAAGCGCUUGAAAACGCAGGCCGCUCCGUACAUGCUCCAGAGCCGGUUUUACAACGCCAACAGCUUCACCGCAGCGACCGCAGUCGGGAAGAGAAGCAUGAGCCCCAUCCAAGAAGAGAGCGGCUGCGAUGAUGGAGAGGAAGAAGAGGAGGAAGAGGAUGAAGAGGAAGGCAGUGGAGAUCCAGAGGAAGAGGAGGAGGAAGAGGAGGAAGAGGAGGGUCCCCCCGACUCCAACGAAGACUCCGCUGAAGAAGAAGGGAAGAAGAAAGCUAAGAGGUUCAAAAAAGCCAAAAGGGAGCCAAACUCGGAAGGCAACCGAAAGGCCGCCGCCACCACUCCCAGGCUCUUCGAAGUCCCGGACACGUGGUAGCGGCCAUCUGCGCCCGCCAGGAACGCCCUGCGCUUCCAAGAGACCUGGCACCGACGGCGUUCAGUGCGCCAGCCCUGCUCUCUUUAAAGUGGAGGGGGGACGGAGUCGGCCACGAAGCAGGAUCUCCGCUUUGGAAACCAGUUUAAUUUUUUAAACUGCCUCCUCCUGAACAAUCCCCCGCAACCCCUCUGCCCCUAUCUUUCGUGUUGUGUUUGCGUGUGCGUAACACGUCCUUUUUGUUGGGUUGGUGUCGGAUCGAAAAGCAAGAUGGAGUCCUUUCCUCACUUCCAUCAUCCCCUUCAUUGUGUGGCAUGUGAGGUUUUACCGAAAGGAGGGCCUGCAGGGGCCAGAGUCCUUCCCAGACUUCUGCGCAACGUUGACGUGUUCGGACGCUGCUUUCGAGGACCUGCGCCCAGGAGCCUUCGCCAGCCGCGGCCGGUGGGCCUUAAACCGAAACUGUUCCUCGCGUCUUUGGAGGGUUUUGGGGGAGCCAUGUCUUCCUAAGCCUCUCCUGUUUUUGGGGGGGGAGAGGGGAAGGGUCCGUGGGUCGGGGUCCGUCUUCCGUUUCCCCUUUUGUGAGUUGUGUAUUUAAUGAAAACAAAACAGACGGAAGAGAGACCCGCAACGUUCACCAGCCUUCCUUUAUGGUUUGAAGAUGCGAAUGACAACGACGACGGCAACAAAAAAUGGAAUCCGCUCUUGAUUUGCUUUGAUAUUUAACAUUGUUUUUUCUAUCAUGGAAAUCAUGGAAUGAAAUGAAGGAGGAAAAGGAAAAAAAGAUGUAUUUCCAUACAGUGAAAAUUAAAGAAUGUCUUUUUUCUUACAAA